GCCGGCGCCGCCGCUACCGUCGACUGGUCACGUGUACGACUCGGCGUCGACGCGGCCCCCACGAUGUUUGUCGCCACGUGGUCUCCGGAGACGGGCCGCUGGAGCGGCGGCGAGCUAUUGCCGUACGGACCGCUGAACCUGCUGCCGGCGGCGCAGGUGCUGAACUACGGUCAGAGCAUCUUUGAGGGAAUGAAGGCAUACCGCUGCUGCGACGGCGGCGACAGCUCUGAUGCCGCCGCCGCCACCACUGGCUCUGGUCGCGUGCGCUUGUUUCGGCCAGACGCUAACGGCGCCCGAUUUGCUGCUGGCGCUGUGCGCAUGUGUAUGCCCCCAGUGCCCCAGGCCAUAUUCCUGGCGGCUGUCCAUGCGGUGGUACGAGCCAACGUCGCAUGGGUUCCCCCCGCCGCUAAGGGCAGUCUGUAUGUCCGUCCGCUGCUGCUGGGAACUGGACCCCUGCUGGGCCUCUGUCCGGCACCGUCUUACACGUUUGUGGUGUAUGCCGUACCGGUGGGCAGUCGCGCCAAGGGGGGCCGCCUGGCCUCCCUGGACUUCCUGAUACACGACUCCCUGCACCGGGCCGCCCCCCGCGGAGUGGGCUCCACCAAGGCAGCUGGCAACUACAGCCCCUGUCUGAGGGCGCAGGCUGAUGCCCGGGAGGCGGGCUGCCAGGACUGCAUUUACCUGGAUGCCAGGAGUGACACAUACCUGGAGGAGGGCUCGGGUUGCAACAUCUUCACGACCCAUGGGUCACUGGUCACCACACCGCCGGCUGCUGGGUCCAUUCUGCCGGGCAUCACUCGGGCCUCCCUGCUGCAGCUGGCUGUCGUACUCGGAUACUCGGUGCGGGAGGCGCCCAUAACCGUGCAGGAUGCCAUGAAGGCGGAUGAGAUGUUUGCCAGCGGCACCGCCAUGGUGGUUCAACCCAUUGGCAGCAUCACAUAUAAGGGCCGCCGGCCCGGCUCCCUGGCGCCUGGUGUAGGGCCCGUCACGCAGCGGCUGUACAGCCUGCUGACGUCCAUUCAGUACGGCAGAGCGCCAGAUCCGUUCGAGUGGAUGAUCGAGGUG